UCUAUUAGGAUGCAUAUGUGAGUUAUAAACGAUAUAUUUUUUUUACAAUUCGGUCCCAUAGUGAUGAGCCUAAUCAUUCUCGAUAACUAUUUUAAAAUAAAACACUAUGAAUAAGAUACAUAGAAAACGAAAGCUCAUUUGAAAACAAUCUCAAAGAACAAAAAAUAUGAGAAGACUCUUUCUCUCCUCUUUCUUCCUUUUUCUCUUCUUUUACUCAUCAUCCUCCUCAAGAUCUUCAUCAGAAUCUCACAUCUUCAUCUACGGAGGAUGUUCACCGGAAAAAUACACACCAAACACACCUUUUGAAUCAAACCGUGACACUUUCCUCUCCUCUGUCGUCACUUCCUCCUCUGACGCGUCCUUCAACAGCUUUGCCGUCGGCAACGACUCCUCCUCCUCUUCCGCCGUCUUCGGCCUCUAUCAAUGCCGUGACGAUCUCCGAUCAUCAGACUGCUCAAAAUGCAUCCAAACCUCAGUCGAUCAAAUCACUCUCAUUUGUCCUUACUCUUACGGCGCUUCUCUCCAGCUCGAAGGCUGCUUCUUACGUUACGAGACCAACGACUUUCUUGGGAAACCAGAUACGAGUCUUAGGUACAAAAAGUGUAGUUCAAAGAGCGUUGAGAAUGACUACGAUUUCUUUAAACGGAGAGACGAUGUGUUGUCGGAUCUUGAGUCGACUCAACUCGGUUACAAAGUUAGCCGGUCCGGUUUAGUCGAGGGUUAUGCUCAGUGUGUUGGUGACUUGAGUCCUAGUGACUGUACGGCUUGUCUUGCGGAGUCUGUCGGGAAAUUAAAGAAUCUAUGUGGCUCGGCGGUUGCAGCUGAGGUUUACUUGGCUCAGUGCUAUGCUCGUUAUUGGGGUUCUGGUUACUAUGACUUCUCUUCAGAUCCAACGAACGGAGAUCACGUGGGGAAAUCAAUCGCGAUCAUCGUAGGAGUCAUUGCUGGAUUCGCAAUUCUUGUUGUUCUCCUCUCCCUUUGUAGAAACUCCAUGCAUUGAUAUAAAGAAAGACAUGAUUCGGGAUAAAAGAUUCUAGGGACCUAUUUUUUUUUUUUUUUUUUUUUGGGGGACUCUCUUGUUAUUCCUUUUAUUUUGUAGGAGGAACACAUCCGUUACCGCUCCUUACUGAAUUUUUUGGUUUAUCAAAAAAGAAAACUAUUAGUGACUUAUACAAUAUGAUUUAGCUUUGAGGUAUUAAAUAUUUGUAUAGUGUGACCCGUAUUGUCUGCCUUAAAAAGAUGAUAACUUUAUUCCA